AUGUCUAAGGGCGACAUUAAACAGGGCGACAAGUCCGUCUUCGGCAUGCCCGGCUUCGCCGUCGACUUUCUGAUGGGUGGUGUUUCUGCCGCUAUCUCCAAGACCGUUGCUGCCCCUAUUGAGCGUAUCAAGCUCAUGAUCCAGAACCAGGACGAGAUGCUCAAGGCCGGUCGUCUCGACCGCAAGUACAACGGCAUCGGUGAUUGCUUCAAGCGUACUGUCGCCGCUGAAGGUGUCGUCUCCCUGUGGCGUGGUAACACUGCCAACGUCAUCCGUUACUUCCCUACCCAGGCUCUGAACUUCGCUUUCCGUGACACAUACAAGUCCAUGUUCGCCUACAAGAAGGAGCGUGAUGGCUACACCAAGUGGAUGAUGGGUAACCUGGCAUCCGGUGGCGCCGCCGGUGCCACUUCACUCCUCUUCGUCUACUCCCUGGAUUACGCCCGUACCCGUCUUGCCAACGACGCCAAAUCUGCCAAGGGUGCCGGUGAGCGCCAGUUCAAUGGUCUCGUGGACGUCUACCGCAAGACCAUUGCCACCGACGGUAUUGUCGGUCUUUACCGUGGUUUCGGUCCUUCCGUGUUCGGUAUCAUUGUAUACCGUGGUUUGUACUUCGGCAUGUACGACUCCCUUAAGCCCGUUCUCCUGGUUGGUGCCCUCGAGGGUAACUUCCUUGCUUCCUUCCUGCUCGGCUGGAUCGUCACAACGGCUGCCGGUGUUGCCUCCUACCCUCUAGACACAAUCCGUCGUCGUAUGAUGAUGGCUUCUGGUGAGGCCGUCAAGUACAAGUCCUCCAUGGAUGCUGCCUACCAAAUCGUCGCCGCAGAGGGUGUCAAGUCCCUGUUCAAGGGUGCUGGUGCUAAUAUCCUCCGGGGUGUCGCCAGUGCUGGUGUCCUCUCCAUCUACGACCAGGUACAGCUCAUCCUCUUUGGCAAGAAGUUCAAAUAG